AUUAAGACAUUCAUCCAUUCAGGAAAAAAUGGUGAACAGAUAGGAUCCCCUGAAAGCCUGAACGUGGAUGGGAACGCUCGUUACAUCAGAUUUGUUCCAAAGCCUGACUCCUGCUAUUUCCUUUUCUAUACAGCAAACUCUCUCUAUGGAUACUCCCUGAAAAAUCUCUACAGUGCAGCAACUGGGAUGGAAAUGAAGCUGCCCAACCUCCAGCAAGAAGCUCAGUGGGAGAAAAGUAUUGACCACACAACGCACCGCCUGCCCCUGCUCGGGUAUGACAUUAUCUCUGGGGACAUUCAUUACCUGGUAAAAAUUCCUGGUGGGUCAGGAGAAAACAUCUUGAUUGUAAAGUCAGAGAUGACUAUGCUGGUCAAUGGAAAAAGUCUUCAGAACUUGUGGACCCUCAACAUAUCUCGUGUUAUAAGUGAGCCGCUGCUUGGUUACUACAAACCUGAUGUUCUUGGUAUUGUCCUUGAGAGUGACAUGGGACCCAACAGGAAGAAGAUUGUGAUUGUUGAGGCUGGAUCUGGAGCAAUCCAGUGGGAGCUGAAGCUGAACUCGAGAGCAGGGAGCCCGGGACCAGCCACACUUUCAACUGCUGAUCACCGGUCCACCUUCCUCUUCUGGGGGGAAUACCAGCGACCAGGAAAUGAAACGGGAUCCAAAGCUGCUCUCCAGAAGCUCUAUCUCUUCCAUCCUUCCUACACUAAUGUCCUCUUGGAGCUCCGCAAUAGCACAGACCAAAUAAUUGCUUUUGAUGCCGCGCUGUUUGAGCGGAGCCGUCACGCCUGCUACGUGCUGCUGAGAGGCCCUCAACCCAGCCAGGAACCAGGGCUCGUGUCUCUCAUGAAGCGUAAGCUGAAAGAGGAUGUCUCUGAGAGCAGGGUGAUCUGGCUGAGCCAGGUGGCUGUGGACAGCGAGCAGUACAUCCGGGAGCGCCUCUACAGGAUGCGAUUCCACAGCCGGGAGUGAGCGUGAUGGGAGAGCAGGAGAGGCUGCCCCGGCCCAGGGUCCUCCCAGGUGCCUCUCCUGCAGCAGCACUUAGCAAGCCCGGAUCAUGGUUUCAGAUGAGGAGCUGCCUUUCUGGAUCCGCAAACCAAAGCGUGGCUGGUAGGAAAGUGCCCCCAGCAUCU